UACUGAAGCUUGGUAUGUUUAGACAAUGUUUACACUGAGCACCGUUGUGUGGUGGAGUUAGUGAAUACCGUGUGAGGUAGUUGUGAAAGAGUUCAGCCAAUGAUAGGCGAUGGUUUAUUUGUGGAAGCCGGUGUGCUCAGCGCGUGCUCCCGACUCAGGCGCGAGACACCGGAAUGUAGUGAAGUGACAGCGGUGUUCACCAGGAAGGAGAGAAGCGUGAAAAAGAUCAAUAAUACAUCAUAUAAAGUACAGAGUUAGCUGCGGGCCGUGGACAGAAACGAUAUCUAAAUACUAUAUCCUCCGCAGCUGGUUUUAAUAUUGGCCUGGACUCGAGCAGCAUGGCUACUGUCGAGAACGUUGCAUCAAUAGGACAGGAUCUGGUGGACCCGAGACAGGACCUGACCAAGCGGUUCAGAGCUUUAUUUACCCUGAGGAACCUGGGAGGUGCUGAAGCUAUAGAAUGGAUCAGCAAAGCCUUCGCUGAUGAAUCAGCCCUGCUGAAGCAUGAGUUGGCUUACUGCCUGGGACAGAUGCAGGACAAACGGGCCAUUCCUACUUUGACUGCUGUUCUCAAAGAUAAACAGCAGGAGCCAAUGGUUAGGCAUGAAGCAGGGGAAGCUCUGGGGGCAAUUGGUGAUUCUGUGGUUUUGAACCUACUGAAAGAGUACAGUCAGGAUCCUGUCGUUGAGGUUGCAGAGACAUGUCAACUGGCUGUUCGGCGGCUAGAAUGGCUUCAGAGUGGAGGAGAGAAAACGUUGCAGGACGGACACACAGAUAAAAACCCCUACUGCUCUGUAGACCCAGCCCCUCCAGCAGCAAGGAAGAGCGUGCCAGAGCUGCGCUCCGCACUGCUGGAUGAAAGCCUGCCACUCUUUGACCGCUACCGUGCCAUGUUUGCCCUGCGUAACCUUGGCACUGAGGAGGCUGUGUUGGCACUAGGAGACGGCCUGCAAUGCUCCAGUGCUCUGUUCCGUCAUGAGAUUGGCUAUGUUCUGGGGCAGAUGCAGCAUCCAGCAGCAGUCCCAGCCCUCCGUGCAGCUUUGGAGCGUUCCAACGAGAACCCCAUGGUCCGGCAUGAGGCAGCGGAGGCUCUAGGCUCAAUUGGCAAAGACGAGUGUCUGGCCGUGCUGCAGCGUUACCGUGAAGACCAAGAGCGUGUUGUCAAGGAGAGCUGUGAGGUUGCACUUGACAUGCUGGAGUAUGAAAACAGUGGACAGUUCCAGUAUGCAGAUGGAUUGGUCAGGUUACAGGGUUAAUUAUUUAGGUCAGUACUGAGGUCACCUUGUGUUUAAAGGUAAUUAAACACAAUUUGUGGCUAACAGUAAUAUUUUCUUUACUUCAAUAUAGCUAAGUUGAAAACCAAAUAUAU